AUGAAAAGAUCAGAGGUAUACUUGAAUCCAGAGAGCAUGCGAGAUUUGGAGAUGUUGGCUGUUUUGGAGAGAGAGGAGGAGCCAUACCCAAUGUGGUGGUCUCACGGUUGCCUCCUGAAUACCUUCCUGCAUCUCCCAUAUAAAACCUCAUGGAACUGCUUCAUCUGCAUCACCACCUUGUUGGCUGUGAUCUUGGUAGCCAUGAUGACGUUGGUGCACACCACCAUCGAGGUGUUUUUCAACGUCACGUACGUAGUCCACGUUGCUGCGUUGAUGAGCGAGGGGGUUAGGAGACUGCAGUACUCUUACAUUGACUUCUGGACUGGUGUUAGUUUCUUGAUAGACCUGCUGACAUUCUCGCACUAUAUGAUAGAAGUCAGUGAUUACGAAUUAUUGGAGUUAAUGUGUUAUUACGGCAGACUCCAUCGACCCCUGAGGUAUCUAUGGUCUCUAAACAAUGAGAGUAUGAAGGGAAGUGUGCUGGGCACCACGCUGAAGUAUUGCUACAUUUUCAUUGUGCUGCGAGUCACUUGGGCGCUGAUUUGGCUCCGUAUGGGCAUCUUCUCAGUGGUUUUAACACCUGCAAACGGACUCAAAGGUCGACAGAUACCUAUUACAAUUCCCGGAGAUGAGAAGCAAGCAAGUGAUCCAAAUGAAUUCCUUUUCGUGCUCUACUUAUUGAACAAACUCUUCAUACCCAUUGGGCCGUCAGUAAUGCCAAGUAACGAUGUCGAACGAAUUGCGUGUCUGCUGGUAAUGCUGUCUGGUUCUCUGGUGGUAACUGGGAUCGCUGUGGCGUCUUUGUCUCUCGUUAUCAGCCUCUACAUGGGUCCGGAAGAGACAUUCCGAUCAAGAUACAAGCUUAUCAUUAAGGAAAUGAAAGACUCCCACGUGCCGCGAAGCCUUCGUCAUAAAGUGGAAACUUUCUACAAGAUGUACUGGCAGAAACAGAAAUCGGUGUCCGCUACUCAACUUUUGCCGGCUUUUCCCCCGACGCUUAGCGCUACAGUCUACACUGAUAUUUACUUCAACGCUACCCAAAAGAGUCGAAUACUUCGAGAUUUAUCCUACGAGUUCUUAUCAGAGUUGGCGAAGAGAAUGCAAACGAUACAUUACAUACCUGGUGAUGCGAUCAUCAAGCGGAACACCACGAAAUCUUCCAUCAUCUACAUAACGUAUGGUGAUGUAGAGAUGUUAACAGCAGAGGACGAUUCAACAGCGAUUUUGCGCAUGGCACGUGGCACAAUCCUCUCCCCCUACGCUGGAUGUCCUGACGCUUGCACUCGUGCGCAUGUCGAGAUACGUGCAGCUACAUUCUGCAUUGCGCAUGUCCUACACGCGUCGGACCUUUGGAAAACUGUUCUUAAGAGCAUCUGGAGAGAGUACGACGACAUUAUUGCUGGAAAAUUCCUGAAAGACCGGCGUAGAUUCAAAAGCAGCAUUAUCCAUUUCAAGCGAAAGCUCAUGAAUUUGAAACAAGCCAAAAAUGAUGAGCGCCCGCAGCUAGCGAAGACCGAUGUCAUGAUGGAGAUAGCUGGGUCUUAUGUUAUGAGGAAUAGAGCUGAUGCGUUGCUGACAGAAGAAUCCGAUGCAAUUUGCCUUCGAAUGACGUUCCCAUGUAUUCUGCAGCCUUCAUCGUCUCUGCAAGUUGCUUGGCACUCUUUUGUAACGUGUGCGAUAGUAGCUGUUUGUAUUACUCACCCGUAUUACCUGGUGUAUAAGAAGGAGGUUCCAGUUCUGUUCCGCUUCUACGAUUACGUCGUGAGCAUCAUCUUCAUUUUGGAUCUCAUCGUUCACCUCUCUACGGCGGAUAAUGUUGAGGAUGGGAUGCCCAUCACUCUUGCGCAGACCGCAUCACAGCAAGCGAGAAGCAAGUGGUUCUUCCUGGAUGUAAUAGCUACAGCACCAAUCUUUGAGUUUAUACAGGGUGGACAUUUUGCUGGAAUCAAUAAAUUAUUCAGGCUGCAUAAGGUGUUCCGAAUGCUCAAAGCCGUAGAAGAUGAAUGUGUGUACCACAGUAAUACCCUACGCUUCCUCUCUUAUUCACUCCUUCUUUUGAUUGCUUGUUAUCUUCUAGCAGCUUUGCAGCAGGGAUUCAUGUGCUAUGGGUGGAUAUUAUUUCUCUUCUUAUGCGCUCACUACUUUGCACUACUUAAGAAGUGUAGUAGUUCAGAAUACUUUGCACCCCAGAGUCACUACUACUUUAAUUACUGCUUGGUGACGAAUAUAACUCAUUCACCAUACUGGACUCCGAUGCCAUUGGAUGACACUGUGGAAAGUCGGCUCACCUUUAGCCUGUAUUGGUCUAUAUCCAUGCUCACCUUUACUACGCACAUGCAAGAUUUCGGCGCCGCCGACGUCAUGAGUUUGGUUUUUAUAAUGUUUGUGUUGGAGCUUUGCAUAGUCCUGCACAUCUUUAUAGAAGCUGUCUAUUCGGCUACUAUUAUGGUGACUACUGCUAUGAGGGAAAGUUACGACGCAUGCAUCGAGAGCGUCACAAGUUUUUUAAAUCGAAAUGACGUAGAGACCACACUCACCAACAGAUUUAAAUCCUAUUUGGAGCUUUGCUGGUAUACAGAUAAGGCUUAUUCGAUAACAAACAAGAAGAAAUCAAUUUUCCACGAUCUUCCUCCACACGUUCACCAGGAUAUCGUGACGAGACAAAGAAGCAAGUACAUGCUUUGUAUUCCAUUUAUGAAGUAUCUACACAAAGAAGAAUUAAAGACUAUAGCAUCGAACGCGCGUCUCUUCAGCACUUGUCCGAAUGAAAUUCUGUUGAACACCGGGGACAUGAGUAAUGAGAUGUACGUUGUCAAGCAGGGGAUAUGCGAGGUAUUAUGCCCAGUUACAAAAGCAGUGGUCGGCGAAUUAACAACUAAAAACCAUUUCGGUGUUGUUGUAUGUUUAUUGAGACUGCCUGCGUUCUACACAAUCAGGGCGGUGACUCACGUCCAAGUUUAUUCUAUAUCUCGAAAGUUCCUAUUGAAUGCAGUGGAAAUACCACAGAUCCGGGAUGCGAUGGAGUUUGCUAGGGAACAACCCGAGUACGAGCUUCUUCAGAGAGCCUAUCCGCCCUUCGUGGCUUACAUUCCUCCGAAACCGGUGCCAAAUCUAGAACGAUUUCCCCUCCCGCGGAAACAUGAAAGGGAUUCCGCGUUCCUACACCCAUUUAGCAGACUCGGAUUUUUGUCUGUUCUAAGGUACAUCUUCCCCCGUUUCACGAUCAGACCCGAUGGACCGUAUUUAGCUCGGUACGAGUGGUUUCGUGCCACGUGCGCCCUGGGCAGUGCCAUGGUCUUCCCGGCGUGGACCUACUUCAUCUUCCACUGGCCAGUCAUCUAUUACCUUCAGAACUUUCUGGACUUCACGGCGUAUUUGGACAUAUUGCAGAGAAUCCUAGUUGGUUAUUACAAUGAAAAAGGUUUGCUCGUCUACCAUCCGGCCAGCACGGCAGCCCAUUACCUGAAGAGGACCUUCUUCAUUGACCUCUUAGCCUGUCUUCCGUUAGAGAAUCUUGAAAUUGUUAUCAAGGAGACUUAUGGGAAAUUAAAAGCGAUUCCACCAUUCAUGGCACUCCUAAAUGUGCUGACUUGCCUGAUUAUCUUCAACUCGGUCAAAUUAGUUGGUUAUUACGACAAAUACCAACUGAUACCAUUCAAUGAUGAAGGUGGCUCCUGGAUCAACUUGUAUAGUAAUGUUUUUCGUUUUAACAUGACUGAAAACGCGUGGAACCUCCACUUGGCGACUUACUUCUGGGUGGUCUACCAGACAACAAACACUGGAUACAAUACGUUAAAUCCAAGCAACUUCAUCAUAAUGAGGAUUAUGAUAGCCGGAAUGAUUAUUGGUGCAAUGAUAACAACAUACUACUCCGUUCGAAUCAUCAGCGCCCGCGCAAAUGUCAACAGACCGCUAGCCUCCUUUCAGCAACACAUGAAGGACAUCGAGAAAUUCAUGAUUAAAGAGAAUUUGGACUCCGAAUUGAAAAAUCGCGUUCUAGAAUACUACAAAUACAAUUGGGACAAAAUGGCCGGCAUGGAGUACAGGAAAGUAUUGAAGCUCUGUGACCACAUAACUCUUCGCACCGAUGCAAUCCUAUUUAUCUACGGGCCUACGUUUACGAAGUGUCCUAUAGUGAAUAGAUGCGACGUAGCCCUUCUACGCAUCAUUGGUCGAGCAGUGCAGACCUUCCAUUUCCUGAAAGACACGUGCAUCAUCUCUCAAGAUGAUAUCAUAUCGGACUUGUUCUUUGUGGACCAGGGGGUGGUGGAACUGAGAUAUUACAAUGGUGAAGAUCUCGUUGAGAGGGUUAAGUUAGGUAAAGGGAGUUUAUUUGGAAACCUCAGAUGUAUGGAGACACUAAGAAGUCCAGUGGAAGUGGUAUCGGUUACUCCAGUCCAUCUUCUGUACAUGAACGCUCCUAUGUUUUAUAAUAUAAUUGUGGAGUUUCCAAGUAUUGUUGAUCUCAUGGAAGUUUACUUGAAACAGGAUGAGAAUUACGUCAUGGGCACCGAAGAAAUUAUCCAAAUGGACACCAAAGAGUACAAUUCCCACCCAGCAUUAAUGAUGUGUCAGAAACUGCUAAGCUACGUGCAUCGGAGAUCAUCAAUCUUUCAAAUUUACCUGAUCCUCAUUUGCCUGGGCUGCAUCUACGUGGACGUCUUUAACGCUGGUUUUCAAAAUAACAGCCCCUCCUUGCUAGUUUUCCUCUAUUUAAUGGAUCUAGGCUUCUGUUGGAAAAUUGUGAUAGAAUAUUUCAUGCCUUACUCUGCUGGUCUAAAUCAUAAGCAGACGCAGUCGAUGUGGAAGGAGAGACGGAAGUAUUUUAAAAGCGAAUUCAAAGUGGAUUUACUAUCGGUUUUACCCAUUGAAGCCCUUAGUUUAUUGAGUUCUCAAGACAACCUCGUGCUUUUUUCUUUUCUAAGGCUUAAUCGCCUAUUUAGAAUCGUGACAGUAUACAAAUGUUUGCAAAGACGACACGAAAGCAUCUCCGUUAAUUUAAUUCUGACGACGACUAUCUCCGUUUUUAUUUGGAUGACGAUCUUUAUCCACGUGUCCACCUGCUUAUGGUAUUUCAUUGGCGUUAUGGAAGAGGAGAUCGAACCAAAGUCGUCUUGGUUCUAUAAUUCGGAAGGGAAACCAUUGUGUGAAAACAAAUAUAUGUGCUCCUUAUAUUUUGUUUUUACUACUUUUACACAAAAUGGCGUCGGCGAUAUUCUACCACAGAAACAAUCGGAGGUCGUAUUCGUCUCUAUUCUCCAGUUGGUAUCGACAAUGGUCUAUAUGAUAUACGUCGGUGAAUUCUCAAACAUUAUUCAGUACUACUCGUUCCGCUCCUUCGGUUAUUAUUGCAAGAUCAUCGAAUUACAGGACUUCCUGAAAAAUAAUCGCGUGUCGCAUAAUUUAGUGAAGCUGGUGCACCGAUACUCGCUUCACCUGUGGGCGGAGUCACGCGGAGUCCAGUUACCGCACUUUCUGAAGAACGCUCCCAACUGCCUAAAACUUGACGUCAUGUCUGAGGCCUAUCUGUAUCAUUUGAAUGCGCAUCCAAUAUUUAGAAACUGCGAGUCUGUUUUCUUGCGACAAUUAGUUGGUUGCUUUCAACUAUACACCUAUCGGAAAGGUAUGUACGUAGUAAUGGAAAACGAUCAGACAGAAAGCUUCUACUUUGUCCAUUCCGGACGUGUGCUGGAGACCUCCGAACAUAAUAACAACACACGUCUCUAUUUUGCUGGAGAGAGUUUCGGGACUGUACACGGUCUAGUCCACAACUUUCCGUACACUCACUCGUACAUAACUGUCAUGAGGUCUCAAGUACUUACAGUAUGCCUGAACGACUGGGAACAUCUAUUAAAGCAUUUUCCAGAAAGCAAAGGUGUUAUAGAGAAGUCACUGUCACCAGACGACACCCAUCCUGACGAAAGUUCCAGUAGAGGCAGAAGGGAACGCAGAGUCACCAUUGCUGAUGAUGAUCAUCCUUCGCCAGGUUCACAGGGUUAUAAAAGGGCACGGUCGCUGCGAAAAACCACUGCUGAAAUAAAACAAGGUUCUUUUGUUCACUCAUCGUCACCGGAAACAAAUCAGGAUGAUAGACUGGAAGAAGAUCUGUGGCCUCUCGAUAGCCGUCAACUAUCUCAACAUCUUAUCACUUAUGAACCUAUGAAGGAAGUAACCUUUGCUCAUCCUCCUGAAAAUAUUAUUACUACGCAAGCACAGAUAGAAAGUACUUCAGCUAGAAUUGCAGAACCAGAGAAAGAUCCAAAUCAAACCGAUUCUAAUAUCAAAAUGACCUAUCAAGAAUUACUUUUGAAUGAGGAGGAAGAGGCUACGGAGGCAUUGUUGGCUAGAAUAGAAGAAUCUAGUAAGUCUUUACAAGAUACUAUCGCCCAACCCAUUGAAGAUUCAUUGAUGGAACAUGAAGAUUCAAGUCUUUUGAUAGACUUAAGUCAUAUGAAAAGCGUCGAUGACUAUAUUCUCGGUCGAUACGGCGAAGAUACUGAGAAUUUGGGUUCAGAGAAAGAUUUAGCUGCGGACUCUAAUGAUGCAGACAAACCAACAUCUACGAAUCGUCUAAAACAAAUGGCACAUGUCCGAUAUGGUGAAUUAAAACGACAAACCAUUGAAGGUCAGGAGUUGAAACCUAUUCGAGAUUUAUCAACGGAUGAAAGGAACCUUAAGAGUCUCGAUAGCGAUAUCGAUCCCAAUUUGGUUCCUGAAGAUGAUAAUAGGAGUACUAUUUCAAGGCUAUCGGCUCAAACUGGGAAAACGUUAAGGUGUAAAUACAAGGGUUAUAGAAGGAUCAAAAGUAGAAGAAUUCAAGAAGAGAUCACCUCAGAACAUCCCAGAAUACAAGAGCCACAGGCUGGCGAGCAGAAGUACCAGGAUAAGAUAGGUGGCGAUGAGGUUUGUGGUCUCGUGGUGCGGCAUGGCGAUGCUGGCGAUCCUCACUGUACUGGACACUCCAGAAAACUGAAUAUGACAAGCGAAUGUCGCCGCUCGCCCACGCGACACGCCCCUUGA